CCCCCAGCCCCGCUGACACCCCCGCCCCGCAGGGCUGGCCCACGUGCACAAGCGCAAGGUGUUCCCGUGCACGGUGCUCUCGGUGGAGAACCUGCAGAGCGAGGCGUCCAGCCGUGCCACCAUGCUGGUGCGCCUGGACACCGCGGGCCAGCCCGAGCUGCAGUACCUGCCCGGGGACCACCUCGGCGUCUUCCCCGCCAACCGCCCCGAGCUGGUGCAGGAGCUGCUGGAGCGCGUGGAGGACCCGCUGCCCGCCGACGAGCCCGUCCUGGUGGAGGUCCUGGAGAAGGACAGCAGCGGCAGGUUCCCCGGCCACAAGUCGAGCUGGGUGCCGCAGAGCCGCCUGCCCCCCUGCACCCUGCACCAGGCGCUCACCUUCUUCCUGGACAUCACGGCCCCGCCGAGCCCCCAGUUCCUGCAGCUUCUGGCCGCACUGGCGCAGGAGCCGGCCGACCGCGAGCGCCUGCAGCAGCUCAGCCAGGACGCCCGGCUGUACGAGGACUGGAAGUGGUUCCGGUGCCCCACGCUGCUGGAGGUGCUGGAGGAGUUCCCCUCGGUGGCGCUGCCGGCGCCCCUGCUGCUCACCCAGCUGCCGCUGCUGCAGCCGCGCUACUACUCCAUCAGCUCCGCACCCGGACCCUGUCCCGGCCAGAUCCACCUCACCGUGGCCGUCGUCACCUACCACAGCGAGAACGGCCAGGGCCCGCUGCACCACGGCGUCUGCUCCACGUGGCUGGCGCGGCUGCAGCCCGGGGACACCGUGCCCGCCUUCAUCCGGGGCGCCCCCUCGUUCCGGCUGCCCCCGGCCGCGGACGCGCCGUGCAUCCUGGUGGGACCCGGUACCGGCGUGGCGCCUUUCCGCAGCUUCUGGCAGCAGCGGCUGCACGAGCUGCAGGGCGGAGGCGGCCCCCUGGGCACCAUGGUGCUGGUGUUCGGCUGCCGCUCGUCCGCGCUGGACCACAUCUACCGGCAGGAGAUGGAGGAGGCGCGGGAGCGGGGGGCGCUCAGCCAGGUCCUCACCGCCUUCUCCCGUGAGCCCGACACCCCCAAGGCCUACGUGCAGGACGUGCUGCGGACGCAGCUGGCGGAGGAGGUGCACCGGGUGCUGUGCCAGUGCGCGGGGCACAUGUACGUGUGCGGGGACGUGACGAUGGCCACCGAGGUGCUGCAGACGGUGCAGCACAUCCUGGUGCAGCAGGCCGGCAUGACGCUGGGGCAGGCGGGGGACUUCAUCAGCGAGCUGCGGGACAAGAACCGGUACCACGAGGACAUCUUCGGCCUCACCUUCCGCACGCAGGAGGUGGCUUUCCGCAUCCGCAGCCAGUCCUUCUCCAUGCAGGAGCGCCGGCCGCCGCGCCCGGCCCCCUGAGCGCGCCGGGGACCCCCCCGUGCCCCCGCGCUGCUGCCCCCCCGCUGCAGGCAGCGCCCGCCCCCGGUAAAGGUUUAGUUUUGAUAACCCCGUACG